AUGAGAAUCAGAAUGCCCAUCCAGCGGGCCUUUGGACAAGCCUACUCCAACCACAGGAAGGUGGCGGCAGAUGGAGAGAGCCGAGAAGAGUCUCUGAUCCAGGAGUCGGCCUGUAAGGAAGCCUACUAUGAGCAGAGAGUCCUGGAGCUGCAGAACGAGCUCCGGCAGACACGCAACAUCCUCACCAACACCCAGUCUGAGAACGAACGCCUUAAUGCCAUCAGUCAAGAUUUUAGAGAGAGCAGCCAGAUGGUGGAGCUCCAGAGGAAUCAGCUGCGCGAUGACAUCAAGGAGUACAAGUUCAGGGAGUCUCGUCUGCUGCAGGAUUACACCGAACUGGAGGAAGAGAACAUCUCACUGCAGAAGCAGGUCUCCAUGCUCAAGCAAAGUCAGGUGGAGUUUGAGGGUUUGAAGCAUGAGAUCCGUCGCCUAGAGGAGGACACUCAGUUCCUUAACAGCCAGCUGGAGGAUGCCAUCCGUCUGAAGGAGAUCGCUGAACGUCAACUGAGUGAGGCUCUGGAGACCAUCAAGACGGAGCGUGAGCUGAAGGCGUCCCUGCGGAAAGAGCUUUCCCACUACAUGAACAUUGGUGACACUCUGUACAACAGUCCUCUCAGCAUUUCUCUGGAUGGUCUCAAGUUCAGCGACGAUGCUGCAACUGAACCUAACAACGACGAGGCUCUCCACGGAUAUGAGAAUGGCUUCAUCAAACUGGCCAAUGCCAUCACUGACGACAACCGGAUCUCCAUGCCUAAUAAGGAAGAGCUUUUUCGUCCUGUGCCCAGCCUUGUUGAUGACCUGCUCAGCGAACUUAACAUCUCAGAGAUCCAGAAGCUCAAACAGCAGCUGAUGCAGAUGGAGCGUGAGAAGGUCAACCUGAUGUCCACUCUGCAGGACUCCCAGAAACAGCUAGAGCAGGCGAACGGUGCUCUGUCAGAGCAUCAGGAGAAGGUCAACCGCCUCACAGAGAACCUCAAUGCCAUCCGCAAGCUCCAAGCCAGCAAGGAGCGCCAGUCUGCUUUGGAUAAUGAGAAAGAACGUGAUAGCCACGAAGAUGUAGACUAUUAUGAGGUUGACAUCAACGGACCUGAGAUCCUGGAGUGCAAGUACAAGGUUGCGGUGUCAGAGGCAGGAGAGCUGAAGGAGGAACUGAAGACCCUGAAAGCAGAAUACCAGGCCUGUCAGUCACGUUACGAAGAGGAGCGCACUCGUCUGGCAACCGAUGUGACAACACUCAAAGAGAACCUGACAACUCUGGAGAAGACCAGCCAUGCAGAGAGAGAAGAGAAAGCCAAGCUUGAGAAAGAGCUGCGCAAGUUGAGCGACGUGGCAGGCGAGUCUCAGGGUAGUCUGAGUGUGGCACAGGAUGAGCUGGUCACCUUCAGUGAAGAACUGGCCACCCUCUACAACCAUGUCUGCAUGUGCAACAACGAAACCCCCAACCGCGUUAUGCUCGACUUCUACAAAGAGGGUAAGGGUGGUCGGAGCAGCCCGGAAGGCCGCGGCCGCCGCUCUCCCAUCCUGCUCACCAAGGGCCUCUUCCCUGAGCCCAGUAAGACCGACCUGAGCGAUGGAGCACCUUCCCCGAUCUCCUCCCUGCCUUCUCCUGUGUCUGACCACCGACGCGAGCCCAUGAACAUCUACAAUCUGGUUGCCAUCAUCAGAGACCAGAUUAAGCACCUGCAGCUGGCAGUGGACCGCACCACCGAGCUGUCACGCCAGAGGGUUGCUUCUCUGGAGCUGGGCACUGUGGCCGACAAGGACAAGGAAGCCUGCAUGGAGGAGAUUCUCAAACUGAAAUCCCUGCUCAGCACCAAGCGGGAACAGAUUGCCACCCUGCGCACUGUCCUCAAGGCCAACAAGCAGACAGCUGAAGUGGCUCUGGCCAACCUGAAGAGCAAGUAUGAGAAUGAAAAGGCAAUGGUGACCGAGACCAUGAUGAAACUGAGGAAUGAGCUCAAAGCUUUGAAAGAGGACGCUGCCACCUUUUCCUCUCUCCGGGCUAUGUUUGCCACACGUUGUGAUGAGUAUGUUACCCAGCUGGAUGAGAUGCAGAGACAGCUGGCCGCAGCAGAGGACGAGAAGAAAACCCUUAACUCUCUGCUGCGAAUGGCUAUCCAGCAGAAGCUCGCCCUGACACAGCGCCUGGAAGAUCUUGAGUUUGAUCACGAGCAGACCCGUCGGGGAGGCAACGCAGGCCGUGCUAAAGCUCGCAGCAAGGCCGCCGGCACCGCCAGCGCCGCUGCUGCCACCACCACCACCACCAACAACAACCCGCAUGUAAGUCAGAGUCUCACCUGCUCUGUCUCGGGCCGACCAGAGCACAGCAGUUCUGUGCCCAGCGGCAUCCUGGGAGGCCCCGUGGUCUUCUGCAGCGAGAAGUACAAGAUCUACUGCGACUGAGGCGGCAGAAACCUCCGCACGGGACUGCUGUGUACAGAGGGGAGGGGGCUCACGGGCCGAAACCCUCCCUGCCUUAGUGUUAAAGAGCCCCACUUGCUCGCUUAGCUCCAUGGCCAGCCUGCGCUCCUCUAGGGACUGAUGUGUUACUAACCAGCUGCUCGUGUGUGCUACUAUAAACGCUUAGGGGAAUGCAGUGUAUGUACAGUGUGCACUAGACGUUUGGACUGUAGUAGACAUAUUUGGCAUGUGGGUUAUAAGGCCCUGGUUAUAUUGGGGGGUUUGUGGAUAUUAUGGGUUGUCUAUUCUUUCCGCUGUCAUAGUGCUGUACGUAUGAUGUAAAAGCUGGCAGCUUCUGUGCUUGUUUGUUCUGGCCCCCCGGAGUGGCUUGCCUGGUCACAUUAACACAUUGCUGAGGUGGAGACGUGUAAAGAUGAUGUCACUCUGAUGCUCUAACAACUAAACCUGACAUCCUCUGUUCUUUGGCUUGUCUGUCGGCAUUGGUGCUCCUUUCCGAAUAAAUAAAACGGCCCCUUCUUUCCUCUGCCUCUCCGUCCUGGUCCCCCCAGGACCGAACCGUGCCCGGCAGCCCACUUUCUAAUGUUUACAACCAGAAAAAGGAACUAGAAUAUGCAAGCUCCCUCUGCUUUUUUGCUAGGGGAGCAUAAUAUGAUUUUACACAGAAAUACAAAAAAAAAAUCAUAAGUGGGUCAAUGAAGUUGUUUGGGCAGAAAAGGAGCACUUGUGACCACAUUUGUUUAUUUCAGGUUAAUUUUAAAGCUGUGACGCUAGCACACCAAUACUAUAGGGUCAAUAGAAUCGCAUGGCUUUGCAGCUGAAAAUGCUUGAGAGCUUUUUAACUGUUUUUCUGUUGUUAGGUGUGUGGUACCAGACAAAACUCUGUACUACAGGGCUCUACAUUGUUUUUUGUUUUUUAAAAAGAAAAAAGGAGUUAAUUGGUGUGAUACAAGAGGGCUGUGUAAUCCCUGUGACCCAUUAUUGUUGCAAAGGAUUCAUUCAGAGCCAUAUUACGAGAAAGAAGGUUUGACAAAUCGACACAUCUAAAUUAAGUGCACUUCAGCAUAGGUGCCUCAGGUUCCUGCUUCUGUUCAAAUGGAUAUAAUGCUUACUGUGAAAAGAGAUACAAUAUAGUUUUAAUCAGAGAGGAUUUUUUAAAAAAAAAACUCUAUAGAAUAAAUCCUUGAAGAGCACAAAUCGAAACUGUUCACACAUCCGGACAAUAAAUCUGCAAACAAAUCCAACCGACCGCUCGACAAAAGUGCCUGUCGACCCCAAACGCUUGAUAUUUUUAUCUAUUUGUUGAUGUAAAGCCCUGUCCUUGCGUCUCAGCUGAGCUAAUGCUUUUCCUUCUCCCUCCCCCCCCCAUCCCCUGCCCCGCUGUUUGCGAGAUUGCUGAGAGCUGUCAAAUGAUUUCUAUGUGGUUACGUGGCUGGAAAAAAAAAGAAGUCCUCUCCUAAUGUCUCUAAUCUGUGUCUCGUUGCUCGGUCGCUACUACGACCUUCUCUCUUGUAGAUUGUCAGCAGCUUGCUCCCCCAGCAUCACCACUCACCCUUUAACUAGAAUGAGGAAUAUUUUUGUCAGGUAACGUCCUCGCAUACGAUGUGUUUUCCGAAUUUUGCCUGCGUUUAUAUCUCAGUGUUGCGGUGAAGGGCCUUCAUUUGUGUACAAGGUUUUUAACCAUUGAAAUGAAGGGCCUCUCUUGUUUGUUUUCUUGGGUUGCUUGGUGUGUGAGGACAAAGCAACGUACUGUUUUAGUAUUGACAAUAGCUUUAACCCCUUGCAAGCUAGUAUUACGCAAAUAGGCAAAAUUUAAGUGGGGCUCGUGUUUAAUAAAGUCCAUGUACCGCUUGUGGAUCAUAGACACAUUAGCUUUAUGAUGCUAAAAGCAGGGUUGAUGUGAGGAAAUCCUGCAAGAUUUGUUUAAAAAAAAUAGCAUUUUCUACUACUAAUAAGCUAUAUAUAAAAUUCUCUAUAUUCUUAAUAUGAUCAUGUUCAGGUUAUAAUCUUGCAGGUUUCUACUACAGUAUUCCUUCCUCUUAAAUGCAUAUACAAUGGGCAUUUAUUCCUCUGAACACAGGGAAUUAUGUCUGCAGUCAACCCUGCUUGAGUGCGCAUCCGUAAGCCGCAGCACACAGCAUGGAGACGAGGCUAUUGUACACUUUCUGAAAAAGGAAAAAAAGCCCAGCCUCCUUAGAGGUCAGUCACUCCUAUGUUUGAAGUUCAGUCAACUUACAAGUGCGGUAUAUUCUGUUUCCAUCAGUUUGCGCUGAGAAAAAAGGUUUAGGGAGUAGAGGAGGGAGAACUAAUCGUGUUGUAAACCAGCUCCUGAGAGAGGAGAUAAGAAAGCUAAACAUGCUGGUGAAGAAAGCCAGAUGUGUGGCUGGAUGGAGAAUCUAAUCCAGGGGUGCUUUUCGUUACGCAUGCUUAUCUCCUUGGGAAAGUUUAUAAUUUAAGGAAUUGGAAGAUCCUACCAUGAUACUUAGAGACAUGAGAAUAGGCUGGCAUAGCGAAAAACACCCCGUGAUAUUUUUUUUCUUUAUUCUUUUAUUGAGGGAUAAACUCCCGCUGAUAUUUGGAGGAAAAAAAAUCUUGAGAUUGGUUGCUCGCUCAACCAGAGGACAUUGAUUCAAAUUAGUUAAGCUCCCAACCGUAUCCCUUGUAUAGGUUAUGUGGAUUUACUGAGCAGUAGAUGAUUGCAGGAUGUGAUUGUGACUAGAAUCCCCUCUCCUUAUAGAUAGACUAAUCCCCACUUCGCUCGAUCUAGUUUGAAAUCAAUGUCUGGCUUUUUUGGUGUCAUUUCAAUAUGCCACCUAAAAUAAAACAGCAAAGCUCCUCCUACCUCUGCCUGCAGGCUCCUCCCACAUCACCUCUAAGUUUUACUUCACAUGAUGCAUCUUGUUUCUGAUUUAAAAGUAAGCCUGCAUGUCAAAAGCAUAACCCAUUUUUCAUUAACUUGCAUGGCUAAUGAGAAAGACCCAUCUCCUUUGGUGGUGAGGCUUCAACUCUGUCCUAUGAAUGAAAGUUCAUGGUACUCGUGAGUCACUGGCUUCCUAACUGCACCUGCGGGAUGAUUUGCAGUGAAUGCGCUUUCACCCCAGAAACUAAAUGGCCAUACUGGCCGGCUUAAAGUUCCUAACAUCGCUUUCUGUUGCUUUGACUAACCAACAGCCGCCAUCUUACUUUGUCUGCGUGGACUCCGCUGCUGUGACCUUGUAAACAGUCACUCUCAAAUGACCAAAACCAAGUGCUAAUGAUGCUCAUUAUUUGUUUGUUUCUCCACUUUUGCAGUAAUUUCAGUAAUUCUGCACGGACGACGAAGUACCAACACAAGGUCCAUUCUCGCAGCUGAUUGAGUUGGGCGAAACGAGUUAGCGCUACUCUAGGCUAUUUGGACUUGAAGAAAAAAUAAAACGGCAAAAACCUAAGUACAAACGUUAAGCACAGGUUUUUAAUUUGAAUCAAUUGUCCUCCCCUUUUCAUUUUAAAAUUCUGUUAUGUUAUGCACAUUAGGAUCACACUUGGUCCAAAUUGUGGAUGCCUCUGCUGGAAGCCAUUUUUGCCUCGCAAGUACAGUGAACUUCUUGGCUUGUAAUUGGCCAAUCCAUCCAAAUCCUCUAUCGAGAAGCCAAGGGAGAUGUGGUCGUUUCUUAUUGUUAAUCAACAAGCUGUUUUUGUUUGGUUUUAUCUCUUAUUUUUAGUUUAUUGUUUUGUUAAUCUGUGCACUUUCAUUUUAUAGGAUUAUAACAUGCUAUUAUUAACCUAUAGGAAAGCAUGGUAGUACAAUGGUUUGUUGAGUUAUCCAAUAUAGGUUGGAGGACUGUAGUAGUGAAAGUCCUCCUCAAAUAUUUGAAUUUAAACAAUACGCACUACAGUAAGGCUCCACAAACCACAAUUGUACUAUGAUGACUCUGUCCUCAAGAAUUUAUCCAUCAAAUAAUCAUUUUAAAAUCGUUUUGUUACAUCGUGUUAUGCUGUUGCUUUUGUUUUUCAUAUGUUUGUUCUACUGCCAUGUUCUCUACAAAAAUCCAGGGUGAUCAAAUUCUGGGGUUUUUUCAUGUAUUUAUUAUUCCUAGGAAUAGUUCAAAAAUUACACUAUGAAACUUGACAACGCUCUGACUCAAAUAGGUAAGUUGUGUCUUGGGAAAAAUUUGCGUGACGACGAUAUGUGCUUUUCCUAGCUUCUUACCGAGGGCGUUCCACUGAAACGGGAUCGCUGGCUUUCAGAAUUCUUUGCAACUGCGACAAUUAAAAUUCCAAAUUGGAAUUGUUUCAUUCUCUCUUUGUUUAUUGUGCCAAAUCUUGGUACACCGUUUAGGUUGAAAAUGAGAAAAAGAAUCGGAAAGAAGAAGAAGAAAAACUAAGAAAGGUGCAGUUUGGGCCAUGGCUCUCGCUGCCGUGCGAGAGCCGGGGUUUUGUUUUUCGGUUCGUUUUAGUUCUUCGUUUCUGACCAGUAGUGCCUUUCAUUGUUUCAAGGGAGAAUCUUAGACUAGUGUUUUAUGUUUCUGUUUUUUAUAUAUAGGUGAGGACUUUGGGUUCAAAAUGACUGUGAGCAGCAAUAAGCGCAAAGGGAAUUUUCCCCCCUUUUCUGCAUGAGUGAGGUGAUAGUUUUGAAAUUAGCUCAAUAAAACUCAAGUUGUAUUGAAUUCUGCAGGUCAGUGAUCCCCUCGAGAAAUUCAGGGGUAUUGAGAAAAGUUUUUUUUUUGUUUUACUUUAUCAAACAUUGGGAACCAAAAGAGAUCCCUUUGGCCUCCUGUUAUUGAACAAAGUGCUCCAAGCAUCUUUAAUGUGUUGGGGUAGAUCAGUGUACUAUUGGAAACAUCUAUGUAUCUCUAGCUUUGUUUGGUGAAGGUAAUGUGAUAUCAAUAGUAUUGUUAAAAAUGUGCAGAGAGCGCAUUUUAUCUUUACUUUUGUCUAAUUUGACUUUUGUUUGUUUUGUUGGGUUUUUUUUUAUUCUUGAAUCUUUUUUUUUUUACAUCAUCUUUGGUGUUUUCAGGAAACAGAAAACAAGAUUAGCAUCAACAAGCUUGAAUAGUGCCAUUAUAGCCAAUGCUUGUUUGUUGAGGCGUUAAAGUUACCAAUAUGGAUAAGAAGCUAACAAAAAAGUGCAAUUCAGAUACUGUUUUACAUUAAAAAGAGAAAGUUUUCUGUUUGCUGGAAGCGAUAGCAUUGUGAUACUACAAAAAAUAGCUGUGCAAACUUUAUAUUGUCAUAUUGUGUUUCAGUAUUGAUCCAUAAUGAGAGUUUGAUAUCUUUAUAUGAAAUAACGACUUCACCUGUAUUUAUUUGAACUGUCAUGCAGUACUGUAUUCUUAUCAAUAAUGUGCAUUAUGAUUAGUGGCAUAUUGAUUACAGCUAAACGUCAUAUGCAUGUUUCUCAGUCAUGGGACCUUUACACAGAGUUGAAAACAAACAUGUUAAAACUUUUGUCGGGGUGUUUUUAAAAGAGAGAAAAUAAAAAAUUAGGGCUUGGGGCGGGGACCAGUUAAGUCUGAUGUAUUACUGCUGAACUAAUCCUAUGAAAGUGUUUUGUUUGUUUUCUAGUGGAGAUGGUAUGUCUGUGUAAGGGUAGUCAUACUGGCUAAAAUCAAUAAAUGUGACUUAAGUUCCA